UUAAUCUGGUUGUGUGGGGGAAUAAUUCAAUCAUAGCUUUAUAAGUAGGGUUGGGGUUUUUGAGUCGGACCGACAUUGAGUCAUUCUUUUCGGCCGGCCUGAUGAGUCUUCUUCGGGCUUCAUUUUUGGACCGGACCAUUACUCCAACCCUAGCAUGAGAUUUUUUUAAUCCGCAAAAGUUUGUCCGCAAAUAUGGACGUUCCAAUAAUUUCAUAAAAAAAUUCUUUAAAUUUUUUUUUAAAUUUAGUUUGGGAAUUACAUCUAAAUCUUGUUCGUACAUUAAAUAACGAAGAUUUUUUUCGAAUGCGAGAAUAUGUGGCUGAACAACUUUCUGAUAAAGUUUUGACAAUUUGUGAGCUUAUGAAUAAACCGCAAUAUUUGCCAAAAAUUCCAACACGGCUGGAGAUUACUUCUGUUUUUGAUAUUCGCUUUCCAAAUUGUGACCCUUAUUUGUGGCGAUUGGAUUCGGAACAUGGUUUUCUUUUUUAUUUUUAUUAGUUGAAAUUUUUUAAGUGAGAAAUUCUAAGAAAGAUUUUUCUCAUUUCUGGAGGGGAAAUUCUUGUUCUACUCUGAGUAUUUAUAUGUAUUUAACUCGAAAAUGGUAAAUGGGUGUACACCAAGGAUGCCACGGGUUGAGAAAAAAGUCGGGUCAGGGUUUUUCGAUCGUGUCAAAAAUUUUCUUUGGUCGGAUCAAAUGGUAUUUCAAGAAAUUAAGGGAUUCCUGGAGUGCAGGAAAUUAUCUAAUUUUUCUGUGUGGACCGUGAAGUUUAAAUUAAUACUGCGAUUCUGUGUAAAGCACUGAUGCCACAGGUUGGGGAAAAAGUGGGUUCUGGUCGAAAUAAAGUCUAUGUUUUUAGGGUUCCGGAUAAUCCUUGAUAUUCCUGAAUUGAA